AUGCAUUGGGACAAGAUUGAGCUUUCCAAUUACCCACCACAACUCACUUAUCAAGACGUGCUCACGCUCUUCCAAGAUUUCACCAUCUCGCCUGACUUUGUUCUGCCCAACGUCAAAAACCUUGCCUACCCGUUACGCACAUUCAUCAGGAUCGCUGGAGAACAAGAAGCAGAACGCGCGGUACAAGAGCUGUGUUGGAGCAAAGUCGGCGGGCGUCAGAUCAACGUGAGAAUGGUUGAAGAGACAGGUCACCAAGAGAUGGAAGUUGCUGUCGCGGAUGUGGCUGAUGAGAUGAAGAUCGGUAUCGUCAACACUGCGCGUGUAUAUAACCCGCACCUGACUACGAAAAUUCUCGAGGUUCGCGAAUGCAUGCAGGGUACAGCCAACUUUGCUUUCCUACAGGCACGCGAUCCGGUCACGGUAUCCAGCAAACCAGAGGCACAUAUGCUAUCAACGGAUGACAAGGCGAAGUGGGAGCUGGUUAUGGCUGGUCGCUCGGAAGGUUGGAACUGGAAGAUGAAGGAUGGCAGUGGUAGACUUGCUGCGUUGAAAGACCUACAAGACACGUUGCAGAGGCAGGGUAUCAUGAGGAAGUUGUGGGGUCAAUGGGAGGGUAGCAGUGCGCUGGAUAUGCAUUGA